AUGCGCAGUGAGCGCCCGGGGCCGCCGUCGCCUCCACCAUCCCCGCCGCAAGUCCCUGCGGUGCCAGAGGCGCGCAUGGACCCCAUGACCCACGUUUCUCACCCGUCGUACAGCGGCGAGCCGUCGUCGUCGAGCUGCACCUUGUGCCCGGUGUACGUCGAAGGACUCGGCCGCGUGGUGAUGCCCCCGGCGAUGCUGGGCGAAAAGCCGUCGCCAGGCCGCACGCCGCCCACGCCGAACUACGCGCCACGCCUCGGCGGCGCCUCGGGCACGCUGCUCGGCGCGAAUGUCGAAUUUCCGUCGCUGGCCUGGCCCGAUGCGCCGGAUAAUGCCUGGCGAGGGACGUGCGAUGCGAUUGCGCAGCAGGCCAAGACGCGGCGCCACGGCAUCGAGCACUGGCUAAUGAGCCCGUCGCCCAGCGAGUCGGACGACGAAGAAAGCGACAGUGCAGCGGACCACUUUCACCACCCGAUGGUCGCUAAAUUUUUGCGCGACCAGUGCCGAGCGCACCGCAUGCGCCGCCUGCGCCAUACCAAUGUCAAGGACCUGUGGAUUUCGUCCGACGGCCACCGCGCGCCACGGCCCACGGCAAAUACGCCGCCCAAGCGUCGCGUUCGCCGCCGUGUCGCUCUCACCUCGCACACGCUUGCUGCGCGGGGUAUUGCGCCGGUGAUGGGCUGCCGCUGUGGCUUUACUGACCAGCACAUGGACAUGGUCCAGUGCGACGGCUGCACGCGCUGGCUACACUUGGCCUGUGUCGGCGUCGGGCACGUCGACCAGCUCGGCACCGACGAGUGGGUGUGUGACGACUGCUACGACCGCUCCGUGUCGGACGAAAAGCGCGCCGCGUCGAACGGUUCGGGACUUGUACAACACGGUGCAGGUGCGAUGCUGUCGCUUGCGCCGAGCCCCCGGCGCGAGACGAUGCACGAGGCGGACGUCGUGUAUGCACCGCCGUACCCCCGGCCCUCUUUCAGCGCCGAGUCGAACGGCAUGCCUCUUACCUCGCCACUCUCUUCGUCGGCUUCGGACCGUGCAUGGCGCACGCCCUCGCCGCCGCCGUCCAUGGACAUGUUUACGACGCCCAGCCGAUACGUUCCCCCAGACGUGCUUGUGGGCGACGCACGUAUGCGCCGCAUGGCGCCACAUGCAUCCGCGACGCCUCCUGUCGCACACGAGUUCCUCCCGACACCGUCGCGCUACCUCAUGCAGACGCCCCAGGCCGGCGUGCCGACGCCCAUGUUUGGCACGCACACGCCCCAUGGGCCGCGAGCUGUGCACGAGUGGGCGAUGCGCACACCGGGCGAGCUCUCGUCGUCGCUCUGGGCGACGCCCCACGAUCUUUUGAACGGGAGCGCGAGCGCAUGGGGGGCGACACAGACCCCAUUUGCGAGCGGCAGCAGCCCUCACAGUGCGCACCACGAUGCGUGGGCGCACCCCGAGUCGCCGACGCCCGCAACGCGCGGCGCGCGUGCGCGGCAUGCGAUGGCGACCGGCUCGCCCCGCCGCAUGCACGCGUCACCGCACAAGGCGACCACGACGCCGCGCCACGGCCAUUGGGACGCGCUGCGUUCCGAUCCGCCUGCCUCGUCGCCGCUCUUUGGCGCUGGCCACGACGGCGACGAGAGCCAUGGCAUGCCGUCCAGCAGUCCGUACCCCGUCACGCCGACGCUCCCGUCGCGCGACCGGAUCCGGCCGCGUGCCACGGCGAAUGUCGAGCGCGCCGGCAUGGUGAUGAAUCUGCAUCUGGACCGUGCGACGCCAAAGCCGCGUUUGCAGUCUGAGCUCCUCCCCUCCUUGUCCAGCUUCAUGUCCGAGGAGGUUUGA